AUGAGUAAAAAUAUAGACGAAAAUGAUGGAAUAUUGAUACCAAACACUCCGGAUGAUUACAUUAGUGAUCUGAUCCUCUGUGAACUUCCAGAAGCUGGUUCCUGCCUGUUGGUAACAGCAUGGGAUGGUACACUAUCCAUUUAUAAGACAAACUCAGAGACUUCAGGAAGGGAGAAUAUACCUAGUUUGUUCAAAAGAAUAAAAUACGAAAUGCCUUUAUUAUGUUGCUGUGUUCUCAAUUCUGAAAUUUAUGUUGGUACAGUACAAGGACAAUUACUUAGAUACGAUAUAAUUAUGGAUUCAUUCACACCCGUUUUAAUAACAGGUGAAGAUAUCUCUACAUUAGCGUUGUGUAAAAUAUUUGUUUAUGAAGAUCAACGUUUAAAGAAUUCCUUAAUAUGUGUAUCGUGGGAUGGGUCAAUCUCAGUAGUAGAUGUUCAUCAGGGUAAGAUAGACAUACGGAUACAAUUGAAAGAAGACUGUAAAAUAUUAACAGCUGAUUGUAAUUCAAAGCGAUUAAUAAUAGUUGAAACUGGGCAUAAACUUCGAUUAUUCGAAUUUCCAUUACAAGAAUAUGAUGAAGGGACUUCAAUUGCAUCAGCAUUAAAAUAUCAAAUACGAGAUGUUAAAUUGUUACCUAUGACUGAUGGUUAUGUUAUAAGUAGUAUAGAUGGACGGGUUGCAGUGGAGUACCUCACAGAGCCAGAUAAACAAUUUGCAUUCCGAUGUCACAGAUUAAAUUUGAAAGAUACACAAUUUGUGUUUCCUGUCAAUACGUUAGCAUUUUGUCCAGGAACUUCUAAAAUUCUAACUGGUGGAUCUGAUGGGGCAGUCUCAUAUUGGAAUUUAGACACAAGAAGGAAAUUGAAACAAUUUCCUAAAUUUAAUUCAACCAGUGUAGUAAAACUUGUCUGUGAUAAGGGUUUAUUUUAUGUUGCCACUUCGGAUGAUUCAUUUAAAAGUAAUGCAACCAUCGAUAGUAAUAUAGAGUUACAACCGAGUAGCAUAUAUGUAGUUCAUUUAUAA